GACAUCUAUUAUGGGACGAGGUAGUAGUCCCUGGUCUCCGUUUUGUUAUUACCAAAACUGACAUUCCCAAAUCAAACAGCAGAUCUUGACACCUAACUGAAACUAAAACAAACUCAAUAACAUGCCAACAUGCUACUACCUUUGAUCAAAAGACUUUCAUCAUUAACAUCAAUAACAGCAAUGGCAUCAAUGCCCUCAUCAUCUCUCUCAAAACCCAUAAUAAGCUCAAAAACCUGCUUGGUGGGCUCAUCAAGACUAGCAGCCUUAGCUCAACAACUCAGACUUUACAAACACCCACCAACUUUUGAUGAUGAAGAGGAGGAGAGACUUGAAGGGAGUGCUGAUAAGGUGGUUUCCCAAGUGGGUUUUGUGGAGUCUGCAACACAAGUGAAGAGUGAGAGGUUUAAGCCAAAGAGAGCUGCCGUUUUGAUUUGUUUAUUUGAAGGGGAGGGUGGGGAUCUUCGUGUUAUUCUUACUAAGAGGUCUUCUGGAUUGUCUACUCAUUCGGGUGAAGUUGCAUUGCCGGGAGGGAAAGCAGAUGAGGGGGAUGCAGAUGAUUCCCAGACAGCAACUAGAGAAGCACAUGAAGAGAUAGGGUUGGAUCCUUCGCUUGUAAACGUUGUUACCGUCCUUGAGCCAUUUUUGUCCAAGCACCUGCUCAGAGUGAUUCCAGUCAUUGGCAUACUUUCAGAUAUAAAAGCAUUUAAGCCGACUCUCUGUGUUGCCGAGGUGGAAGCAGUAUUUGAUGCUCCACUGGAGAUGUUCCUAAAGGAUGAAAACCGGAGAUCAGAAGAAAGAGAGUGGAUGGAAGACAAAUAUCUGAUUCAUUAUUUUGACUAUGAAGUAGGCGACAAGAAGUAUGUCAUCUGGGGCCUAACGGCUGGUAUUUUAAUUAGGGCAGCAUCAGUUGUAUACCAAAGACCGCCAGAUUUUGUAGAGCAGAAUCCAAAAUUCAAGCUUCCCAAGGCUGUGAACAAAGAUGCUACAAUGCCAUAAACAAAGAUUCACUGCAACUCUGCAUGCGAUAUACCUUCAUUUAUUUUCACUUAAUUAUAAUGAAUUGCCGAGUUCCCAGUCCCAGGUACGUAUCAGAUUAUAGGAUACUUUGAUAUCCUCUGGGUAUUCCGGAUUUGAGGGAUGUUUAAAUUGUUAAUAGAAGUGUCUAGUUGGAUUUUAAGCAACUGUGUGUGUCAUUCAGUCAACAACAUGGGAGAUUCAUAGGAGAUUGGAUGAGGCUUGUGAGGGUAGUCUUUAUGCAUACAAGUAGAAUGAUCGUUUUCAAGCUUAUUUAAUGAACUAUCUGUAUAUUGAACGAGUUGUCCCACAACAGCUCGAUAACCUUCUCAUUAGCAUGUAAGAUUUGUAUC